UUUGGAUUCUCAUACUCACGCAAACAUCGCUACUUCUUCUCCUCCUCCUCCUUCGCUGCGCGAGCGGGACGACGACCGGCGACUCCGAUGGAUCGAACCGGAAGACGUCCAUGGUCCGAUCUCCCGCCGGAGAUCCUCUCCAUGAUCGGCAAGCGCCUCGACGCUCGCAUGGACGUCCUCCGGUUCCGCAGCGCCUGCUCUUCCUUCCGCUCCUCCAUCCCUCCGCCUCGCCGCGACGCCUCGCGGUUCCCUUUCUCGAUCCCUCACUUGCAGAGCGCGAGCUCCUCCGUCAUCCUCUGCAAAAGCGCCGUCUGCGUCCUCGAGACCCCGGGAGGAGCCUCCGAUUCGGGCGCCCCGAGUCCUCCUCGAUCCCGGUGGCUGGUGAAGCUCCAGGAGUCGAGCCUCGGCGGCGACGUGCAGCUCCUCAGCCUCUUCUCGCAGCGGCGAAUCACUUACUUGCCCCGCAAUUUCCCCAAGGUAAUCGACUCUCUCGAAUCCAGGAUCGUUGAAAUCUGUAGAGAGUACAGGCUCGAGUACAGUACAUCGGGCAUCGUUCCCGGUAUAAGGAAAGUAGUGGUGUCCCCAGAUUGUGUAUGGACAGAUUUAGAUGAACCCGGGGUUUAUUCAAUUGUUGAGGAUGGGCGAUUAGCUUGCUGGAAGUAUGGGGAUGAGAAUUGGACCUAUUUGGAUGAUCAACAUGGCUGUUCUUAUGAUGACAUUAUAGUGUAUGAAGGCAAAGUCUGUGUCGUUGAUUGGUCCGGGGCGGUUUCGCUGAUCGACUCGUCAUUCAGGGCUCAAAAGUUCUCGCCAUCAAUCUGCAGCGACGGUGGCGGUGGCGGCAGCUGCGGCGAUUGCAAACAUUUGGUGGUAUCGGGAGGUGAUCUGUAUGUUGUGGAUAGAUACCUUGGCGGCAAUCUAGCCAGAUUCGAUAUUGAUGCUUUUAUGGAUGAUUUUCCAUACCCUAGUUUUAAUGAGACAUUUGAUUUCAGAGUCUAUAGAUUGGAUCAACGAUGUGGGAAAUGGGCGGAGGUAAAAAGCUUGGGCAACAUGGCUUUCUUUCUCAGUAAGCACUGUUCAUAUGCAAUCUCUAUGCACGAGCUUGGUGGAUGCAAUGGGAAUUGCAUCUACUUCAUGGAGAACACCGAUUCCGAUGUUAAUGUGUUUAGCUUGGAGGAUCGUACCAUCAAGUGGCUAAUCUUUUCCGACUUCCUAAUGAGCACACAGGGCACAUCCGACUUGACUCGACCAAAACAGAUGCCUUCCAGGUCCGAAGAGUACGUCGAUUAGACCAUGGUAGUCCUCAAUAUAAGAUUCGAAAUAGAUGGAGGUGUAAUUUAUCUGUAUGUGAGCAUGUCUCUGUUCCGGCAUCUUGGGGUUUAGCUUUUCCUUUCCCUAGUUUUGUAACGGCAGUGCUUGAAUGUAUCUACUCUCCUUCAUACUUGUAUAAUAGAGCAGAAUAUCAAUACAAAAUAAUUUGGGUUGCCUUUGUGAA